ACCUGCAGGGUAGCCCUCCGGUGCUGGGCCCCUUUGGCAGAGGAACGACCCUACGGAGCAUGGGGCAGGAGGUGGUGUGGAAGGAACGAAAGAUUUGGGCCAAGAAUCUUCUCUUCCCUGGAACCGGGAGAGAGUUUGGCGGCCCAGCGUGGCGACGCCUGUUCCUAGGCAACCUGCAGCCGCCGGCCUGGGCUUUCUGGAGUCUACCGGGAACUGUGUCUUUCCAGCUUGUCCUGUCUGGAGCUGUCUCAGGAGUUUCUCGGUAGAAUUGCCCCAGUUGGUACCCUUUUCAUCUUUCCCACUGUGGAACUGCUCUUUACCCAGCUUAUUGGUGCAGACGUAAACUUGAAUGGAUUUCGAGGUUAAAGGAAUUGCUGCUUCUCUUACAAAUCAAACUCAGCCAUUCUCUGGAAGAAAGAAGCUGCUGCAACAAGGACAGACUCCAAGAUCAUGGGCAAUCCAGAAUCCUAGUCUACCUGUGGUUCCACGACUUGAUUUGGGAAGCCUCGUUGACUCUGAUGAAGAGGAUGAUUUUUCACAUAUUCCACUUAGUACUGCGCAUAUUCAUUUUAACCCACCAAAUUCAUCUUCUGCUCUUAGUUGGGUCACACCAUGUCAGAUAUCACAUACCCAGAAUCAUCUAAAUGAACUGGAGCAAGACAUAAUACCUGAAAACUUGCCAGAACCAACAAGCAAAUAUAAACUAAAAUAUCAGCAAUAUGAAACUGAAAUGAAAGAGGGAUAUAAACAGUAUAGUCAGAGAAAUGCAGAAAAGACAAAAUCAAAGAUCACACAACAAUCUCCAAGAAAAAAGAUAGAUGACAAGUGUAUUCAAGGUGAAGAAUCCAUCGUGGGUGCUCUUACCACUCUGGAUAAGAAAGCCCUCUUACAACAUGGCUAUGCAGACAUCCCUUACAAUGCACAAAGUAGUAUGAAAAAAUCUGAUGCUGAAAUGGUGGCUGCACAGAGGAAGAAACAGACUGUGGCAGAACAAGUGAUGAUAGAUCACUUAUCUAGGGCUGUAAUCAGUGAUCCAGAACAAAACCUACCCACUGAGAGACCAGAAAGCACUCCUGUCUUUCCAGAUUCAAAGACUGCGCCUCUUCGGCUUAGGAAAAGAACACUACAUGAAACUAAGAUAAGAACCCAUUCUACAUUAACUGAAAACAUGCUUUCUCAUAAAGUACAGUUUGAUGGUAGGAUCAUAUCAAGAAAUGGACAUGAUGCCUGCAGAGAGCUGGUUGGGUUCUUUUUUGCUCAUGACCAGUCCCUAACAAUUUAUGAAUAUCGGCAAUUUGGGAAAAAUAGAACAAGUGUGCUUCCUUUUAUUCAAAAAAACACUUACAGCCAUCAGUGUGGACGAAGAAAAGGAACACAAUACCAACUUGGCGAUUUUUAUAUUGGUGCAAACUUGACAUUUUUGAGUUCUGAUCAUUCCAGUCUUCCAGAGAGCAUAAAAGAGAACACAUUAUUUAUACUUCGGAUCACUAAUAUUGAUCAGAUAGCUUUGGAUUCUCUCAAAACUGAUUCUGUGGAGCCUGAGGAUAAUUUAACCAGUCAAGAAGCUAACGAUAGGCUUAUUUUAAAGGCUGUUCAAGAUGCUCUAAAAGAACAGCUACACAAAAGAGGUGUUCGUAUUUUGACUGGAUUGGCAAAACAUCUUCAACAAUUGGACAAAGAAGGAACUGGACUUUUAGAUAAGGCAGAUUUUAAGCAAACUCUCCAAGUAUUUCGCUUAGAAGUGUCUGAAAAUGAUUUUGAGUCUGCAUGGCAAAUUCUGAAUGGCAAUGACAGUGGCAAGGUUGAUUAUGGAGAAUUCAAACGCGCCGUUAUUGGUGAAAUGAAUGAAUACAGGAAAUCGUUUGUUCGAAAGGCCUUCAUGAAAUUGGAUUUCAACAAAACUGGCUCUGUGCCUAUUACAAACAUACGAAAAUGUUACUGUGCAAAGAAGCAUCCUCAAGUAAUUUCAGGCCAUUCCACAGAGGAAGAAAUCAAAUUAUCUUUUCUAGAAACAUUAAAAGAUGCCUGCAGCAAGUCUGAUGAAGUGACUUAUGGUGAAUUUGAAGAUUACUAUGAAGGUCUAAGUAUCGGGAUAGUACAUGAUGAAGAUUUUGUUAAUAUUGUAUGUACUCCUUGGGGGAUUUAGUUUUUUUAGAAUGAGGGUGUCUUCAGCACUGAGCCUUCUAAAGGUGAGGUGAAUUGAAUGUAAAAUGUGGUCAAACAUUGGAAUAUAAUUUUUCUAGGACUUCUUUUGUUUUUUGUUUUUCUCAAACAGGUUGAGUCUGGUAGGAGGAAUCAGAAAAAGAGCUGAAGGGAGGUGUAUGUCUGGUCAUGUACAUGUCUGAGUGUUUGCCUGACUCUAAGCAUGAAAAGCUCUAUCUUGCUCAUUCAUUACUUAUCUUGGAUAUGUUUUAAAGGUCAUUUUUAAAAAAAUUUAUUUUAUUUUAUUUGUGUGUGUGUUCCAAAAUUCAUUGUUUAUGCACCACACCCAGUGCUCCAUGCAAUACGUGCCCUCCAUAAUACCCACCACCAGGCUCACCCAACCCCCCACCCCCCUCCCCUCCAUAAAGGUCUUUGUUAAAUUAGGUUUCAUAGGAAAGUUACAUCUGUAUCAAACUAUAUGAGAGCUUCUAUAUAGUAACCAAGUUACUCAUCCAUUGUUUUUUGGCUACCCAUUCCCCAAAAUAUGAUAGCCACCAUUCUCAAUUUGAUGAACUGGAAUUGGGUCCAAAGCCUCUAAGACUUUAAAUAGCUCAGCUUGUUUGAAACAUUUGAAAACGUUAAAAGAAUUAAAGGAUAUGUAAGAGAAAUUUUCCACAUGGUAUAGAUGUUUUGGGUAGCAUAAAUAUUUAGAAUGAUGGAGGCUUACCUUCAAAUGCUUAUUUAAAUACUGACUUGUCUUGUGGAUUCUUCUAAAUUAUGUGCUGUUGUUUGUCCAGUAGAGCACAAUGUAAUUAUUCAAGUGAUCAGCUCUGUUUGUUCUUUUGUUCUAUUUUUAACUGGAAUCCUUAUUACCUACACAGAAUUACCGUUAGCUAGAAACAAUACAAAAUGGGAGGGAAAAUAUUUUCUUAGAUUUUUAAAUAAAGAUCUCAAAAAUGCAUUAUCCCAUGUAUGGACUCAGGGAUAGUUUAGUAAUUCUUAACAAAAUAUAAAAAGAUGUUUUGUCCUAAAAUGAAUGUUUAUUAUUCUAAACAUCUCUUUUUGUUAUACUAAGCAACUAACAUAUUUUCUUCUCAAUAGAUAUUAUUUAAUGGUUAGAUGUAUUAUAAUCGUCCUUUCCAGUCUGAUGUUGUUAAGCAUAUUUUUUUGUGAAUAUAAUCAGAAAAUGUAUAGACUGUCAUAUUGUGAAAAAAGGGAAGAUUCUUCUGCGAUUUAACAUGUUAAUGUCACAGCAUACUUUUAAAUAAGCCUCCACCUUCUUAAUAUAAAUAUUCAUAUGUGUUUGCAAAAAGUUUCUCUACUUAGGAGCUUAGGAAUAGUUAAUUUCUCAUUAUUUUAUACUUUAUUUCAGUGUAGAAUUAGAAAAUACAUAUUCAAUAUGUUAUUUGUGUAUUUUGUUAAAUUUUAAUUGGUGGCGCAAUAAAUCAUUCUGCAUUUGC